AUGAAGGGGAAGAAAAAGGACCUCCCCCCCAUGCCGUCGGCCUGUUCUUUUGCCUUUACUCCCUCGAACGAGUUGCAAAAAAGCACGGGGAAUAAGGCGAGGAGAAAGAAAAAAAAAAAUUCAAAUCAGCGGGGGCAAGCUAGGAACGACACCAACAAGGCAGAUGGGUGUGGGAACCACCCCAGUGGUAACAAUCGAGACGGAACGGGUGACGACCCUGUUGUGGGUUCCCAGAAGGGGGAAGAAGAGACAUCUGACCAAACUCUUUCGCCCAGUGACGUAGUGCCAAUAAAGCCGCUACACAAGGAAACCAUUUUAAAUUACAACGAGAGGGAGGAAGUGCCGCAGAACAGCGAGACCCUACGGCGAGGUAGCAACAGUGGAGGGAAACUCCACGUGGUGCAUGGCCAGGGUGACCACACGAGCAGGUCCCUUAACGGGGGAACUAGCCUACGCUGCAAGGCACGCAGUGAUAGAAGCGGGGGGAGCGGUCGAAAUGGGCAAAGCAACAGCGAAGGUGAGGAGGCCAUCGUGCCGCGCAUCACCACAAAGAAGGUCCUAAUCGAGGGAGGUGUCAAAAUAGUGAAAUGUGAGGUGCGUGAAGUUGGGGCAGGAAAUGAGUUAGGCGCUCCAGAAGGGGGCGAAUUGGACCAGCCCAAGAUGUGCCAAGUGGAUCAGCCCAAGAUGUGCCAAGUGGAUCAGCCCAAGAUGUGCCGAGUGGACUCACCAAAGGCAUUUUCGUCGGACGGGCCCAAGCCAAACGAACCCUCGGCGCGCCCAAGCGCAAGCUCAAGCGGCAAAUCGGGAAAAUUGGGCAAAUUGGGCAAAUCGGUCGAAGCCGAAUUGACCAGGGAAGAGCCCCCUCCCCAGUAUGAAAAGUACAAGCGGAAAAAGAAAAAAAAAAAGAAAAAAAAAAUAAAGUUCAAAUUAUUUAGGAAAAGCGUCCUGUACUCCAACUACUUCGGCCCAGAUAUUCUCACCGCGCUGAACCAGACGAAGUUGAAUUUGAGUUUUUACCAGCGGGAGGUGGACGACUUUUUGGCGGUCAUUAGGAAUCUGCAGAAUAUCGUCCUGGUCGAGCGAGAAAAGUACACCGAGUUGAAGGAAAUGCUCAAGUACACCACGGAGGAGAUCGAAAAGGAAAACACCAAACUCUAUGAGGAAAUUCAUUUGUAUAAACAAAAAUAUAACAAGCUCAGGAGGGUCAUAUCAAAUAUAGGGUAUGGUAUUUUCUUUAACCUACAUAGUAGGGAAGUGUCUACGGGCACCAAUAGGGAAAAUAUAUAUUUGGAGGAGGAAGGAAGUGGGGAAUACAGUGCACAGGUAAACGAGUACGAUUACGUUAUGGUGAAUGAGCUGCUUUGCUCGGCCAACGGUGGGAGCCCGAGGGGGAGGAGCGGCAAAAGCGGCAACACAUCUUCGCUGUUGAAAUACCUCGAUUUUUAG